CGGGUAGGGGGCAGUUGACAACUGGGAAGCGACUGAGGCACUUGGGUUGCGCUUUUCUCGUCGCUAUGUCCCGAAUGCCUCAGGGGGCAGCUCAGAGCGAGUACAGGAAGGGCGAGGGUCACGAGGGGUCCGGAGCUUCCGCCGCCUCGCCCUGUGUUACAGGUCAUAUAUACAAAGUAGUUCACACUACUGGGCUGGAUGGAAAAAACCUUCUGGAAUUGCUUCCACUUUCUAAACGUAUAGGAAACAUUGUGUCGUUGGUUCAGCCACCAGUCAUAUCUGAUGCUAAAGGCGAAGACUCCAUGUCUGGUCAUGGUCAUCUUAAGGAUCUGUUUGAAAAUAUAACUCCAUCUUCAUUUGUUAAAGCUCCUGAACUUAAGACAGCUACACAUAGAAAAUUAAUUUUACCGAAGCCAAAUCCAGCUAUUCCUGGAAAAUUAAUUUUACCAAAGCCAAUGGAAAAUAUGGAAGUAGCUCCUCUUGCAAAAGAGAACCCAACUACGCCAUCAGCUUCUAGCAUUCACAGCAGUUAUCGUUCAGCUGAUAAUUCCUUGGAAAAGGAUGCUACUCUAGUUUCCUCACACAAGAGUAGUGCAGAAUAUGUACCUGUGAAUAAAAAACUCCCAGUUACUGCAAAGAGUCCUGUAGUGCCCUCUGGACAUCACCUUCAAAUACCAGCUCACGCGGAAGUAAAAUCUGUCCCAGCUUCUUUUUUGCCUCCAACAAUUCAACAGAAGAUACUGGCCACAGCAGCCUCAAAUGCCUAUCGAACAUGUGAAGUUGCAAACGCAUCAACUGUUAUAUAUGUGUCACCAGUAAAUACAGUGAAAACACAUUCAAAACCAUUGCUAAAUUUAUGUCCAAAGCCUGUCGGGGAAGUAUCAAAUUCUUUGGUGCUGACAAUGGCACAAGCAGCAGCCAGUAAUUCUGCCCUGGCAACGUCUGAUAGCCUGGGAAACCAGUCAUCUCCUAUGAAGUGGGUUGUCGAAGAAAACCCACAAUCGGCAUCCUGCCUUGUUCCUGUAAAGUCGUCAAACAGCGUGGCAUCAAAUAUCUUAAAAACAUUGGUUAAUCCUGAAGAUGGAAAUAACAACCCUGCCAGUAUUCUGCCUACUUGUUCGAACAACCUGAAUGAAAGCCAAGGAAAAAUGCCCUCGAUUAAUGAUAAUGCUCUGGUGAUGUUCAAUGGGAAGGUGUAUUUACUGACUAAGAAAGAGUCCACUAUGACACCAGCAAGCAAAUGUGGCAAGCAAGUAUCACUCGGUGCUGAAACACAUUUAAGAAAAAAUGCAUUACAGUUAAUUAAUUCAGCUGCAGAUAAUACAAUAACCAACCAAGUUGUCAAUCUUGUAUUGUCGAAGAACAAAGGAAUUGCCCCUUACGCAAAGGAUCCAAAAUCCAGUGAGAAUAUAAUACUUUCCCCACAGUCUGAACUAAAGAAUUUUAAAGUUACGUCUCCAUCUUUCACACCACCACAUGGGAAUGUGCAAGUAAACCGCACCAGCCAACCUGAGGCAGUGUCCACACCGGAAAACGUCCCAGCUGGAAGAAAUGUUGCUAAAAAAUCAGUCACAAAAGAAAGGAUGAAGCAUGGCUUACAGAAAAUUAUUUCUCCAAAAGUACCUGCUGCUGCUGCUUUACAGCCAUCUACAAGGCGUGGUACUUCUGAAGAGCAAGAUCAAAAGAUGGAGAGGAUACUUGCAGGAGUGGCUGCUCAGAUCAAACAAAGGAAACACAGAAAACACUGUCUUGAGUUGAGAAAAAAAUUUGGCCUGCAUAGAGAAGAGAGAGUAUAUCUGCAGAGAAUUCCUUUAUCAGUUAUUCUCAGAAAAUCAGAAGCGACUGUGUGUUCCAACAAUGUACAGAUGAGUGACACUUGCAAAUUGCCACCGGCAGUACCUAUUAAACCUGGACCUGAGGAAGAGAAAGAGAUAACUGAGGAAGAGGAGGAAGAGUUGAAUAUAAAGAGGAAGGCAAAAAUGCUACCAAUACAAGAAAAUACAAAGAAGCAGAAAACAGAAAUAGAAUCUAUACCAAAACCAAAUUUGGAAUGUGGCAACUCUGACUCAGUAGUGGAUAACCCGAGUAGCUCUUGCACACAACUUGUAUCAGAGCAAGGAAAUCCUACAAGCAUUCUGCAGUUCUCUCAAAGGGUGCACCCUCACUCAAAUCUUUGUGUUCAAAGUAAUGAAGAGAACAAAAUUUCAGCCUCUGCUUUACACUACAGUGAACAUGAAAAUCCUUUAAGCAAGGGUUCUUUCAGAGAAGAUUUUUCAUUUAACCUUCCAGAUCUGGAGGAAACAAUAAGGGAUGAAAAAAUAGCAAAGCUUAAACUCAUGCUGCGGGAACGAGAGGCAGCACUAGAGGAAAUUCGUAAAAAAAUGCAGCAGACGUGACAAGCCUGGUCCUUACUUAAACCCCAAAUUUUGCUGCAACCCCAUUGCGACUUGUUAAUAAGUUAUUUCUUGUUUCUUGCAUAUAAAGCAAAUAAAAAAUCUUUACAUAUUGUUUACAUAUUGAGUGCAAGUAUAAACAUUUUCAAGCCUAGGAACUUAUCUAGCAGAGUAUUGUUUGCAGAAUGUGAUACUUGUUAGUUCAAUAUAUUCUCUCAUUAUUUCAGUAAAUGCAGUUUAUAUUCUUGUUGUUUAUUGAGGUUGUUUCAUAGAAUGAAAUGUAAAUUAUUAUUUUUCAGUUUUACGUUAAAAGGAACAGCUUAAGUUUGUUUCAGAAAAUGAAGUUUGUUCUAGAAAAAUUGCUAGUAUUAACUUAUUUGAAUUGGGUAAUUGGAAUCAAAUGUCAAUGAAUGGGGUAACAGUAUUUAAUUUGUCGAGUUUCUUUAGUGAUAAAACAGUUUGAUUGAAUUUCCUUAAAAAUCAACUUCACCCAGAUCAGUUUUUAGAGCAGGUGAGAUCUGCAACAAAGUGGUGUGCUGCUGUAAUGUUUGUAUUCAGGAUGCCUGACAGCCAGUGACAGCCAGCCAUGCUUUUUUCUGAGGUACCUCUUUCCCUUAUUUGUAAAGCUCUUGCCCUCGUUAAAGUGUAUGUAUCUUCUGGUUUAGUUUGAAUAUAAUUCUUACUGGUCUAGUUUGGUAUGUUUUAUAUCAUGUUGGAGCAUAUUUGACAGUAAAAAUGUAUUCAUCAAGGCA